AUGGAUAACAUCUUGAAAGCACUCGGCGUUGACAAGGACUGCAAGAUUGCCGUCCUACAAUAUGAGCGGGAUGGUCGUGGAGUAGGGAAGGAGGAGGACCUCCACUGGGCCAUUGUGAUACAGACCGUCUCCAGGCCCGACACCAAGUCGAGGUUGCCAUGUUUUCAAGUAUACGAUCUCAAUUUCAACGACGAGUGGGGAAAACAAUGGCAGUUGUACGACCGAGAUGUUUCAUUGCUCGGCACGCGCAAGUGUCUUGGUGGCGUCUUCAUCGGUAGCAUCAAACAUAGCCAGUUGAAGCUGUUGCGGGAGGUCGUUCACACCAAUCCACCCACAAACAGGCCUGCGGAGUGGAACUGCCGCGACUGGGUUAUGGAGGUGAUUAAGCUGUUCGCAGAGAAAGGAUGGAUUUGUGCGAGCAUCCACGCCCAAGCGACACUGCUUCCCUCGUUCCGGCGCGCGAGCGUGACCAAAGACGGUCGGUACCCUUCAGGAUAG